AACAAAACAGGAAGGGAACCAGAAGAGACCCGAGUGCAAGAUUACUAAAGUUAAAUAAAUGUAGAUUAUUUAAGUGUUUAUAUUUUUGAUAUUACUGAAUAAUUAAAUAAUUCUGCAUGGAAUAUUCACCGCCGAAGAAGAGGAGUGGACUUCCGCGAGAAGUGUGGAAAUGGCUGCAGGGUUUCGAGCUCUCCACUUCACCCAGGAACAUCCGGAGAGAUUUCUCGAAUGGUUAUCUGGUGGCGGAGAUUUUUUCCUGGUAUUUCCCGGAGGAUUUCUCUCUACACUCGUACGAUAACGGAACGUCGCUCGGGACCAAGCAGAGCAACUGGGCUCAGAUCGAGAAGGUGUUGAUGAAGCGAAACAUCAGUUUGAUGAAGGAGUCCAUUAAUGGUACGAUUCACUGCAAACCAGCUGCAGCUGAGGCUUUAAUUCAGGAGAUUUACACACUACUGACCUACAGGAGGAUCCAGAGUGUCCAGGAGGAGGCGCUGGACUUCACCGAUCAGCGUUAUCAGGAGCAGCUGCCCAUGGUGGCUCGAGCCACCGCAUCUAAAGCCAUCAAGAACAACCUGUGUCUGAGUGAGGAGCUGGCCGAGCUCAGCCUCAGCACCAACCACAGGAAAAUCCACAACAUCAUCCACCGGCAUGUGGAGCUCCGGAGAGACGAGAGGAGCCAGAACCCACAGCGUUUUAACAUCAAGCCCACGCUGGGAGAGCAGGCCAUCCGACUACCACCAUCACGCUCGCAAACACAUGCACCACAUGGUGACUGAUGGGAGUUGCAACGCACUCUGCAGGGAUUGGACCGCCUCUCCAGCUCUGCUUUGGAAAUAACGAGCAUUUAGGAAAGAUGAUGAUAAACAUAUUUAUUGUAUUUGUGAUCAGACUGAACGUACGCAAUCUCCACUUUACAGCAUCAUGACGAGUGUGUAGUGUAAUGAGACCUGCACUGUGUAUAAUGAUUUAAGGCCCCGGUCACACCGCCCGAACUUUGCUGGAGUGUUCCUUGAACGGUAGGGAGGGGGGGCCGAAUUUCGACAACGCUCGUCACCGCGCACAAAAUGGGAAAAAAAUCGAAAACACGGGCGUUGGCUUAGCGGUGCACCGCUGAAGCCGGCGUUGCUUUAGCGUUGGUUUAGCGGUGACGCGAGCGUUGGUAUAGCGGCGUUCUGCGCAUGCGGGCUUUGGCUCGGUGGGGGUAUAAAGUUGGUUUAGCGGCACCGCUUGUGACUACGGAGCUGAACGGAUCGUUUUAAUACAAGUUCUGACAGAUUUUUGAUAGAAGCUCCACCAUCAGCUUGUCAUACAGUCCAUGUUCAGGCCUUCUCAGUAUCCACUGUCUGACCCACACAACUCUGUCUCUCCUUCUUCUCUCUCUUCUCCUUUUUUUUCUAUAGUUAAAAUUCUUAUUACUGUUCUGUUGUCUGUAUAGCUUUUCCCCUUUUUUCACUGUUGUUU